AUGUCCGAGACAAAGAUCGCAGCCCCCACUGCACCUCACCACCGUCGCCUCAGCUUCAAGUUCUGGAACGACAAAGCCUCGACCGAGCACGUCGAAAACCCGAUGUUGAACGAAACCGCAUCCGGAUCAACGACUGUUGACGACUUACUCGUACACUACACAAGAUACCCAAAUAAGUGGUCCCGGGUCCGGGAGCUCCUCCGUGAACCUGCCGCCGAGUUCUUUGGCGUCAUGAUCCUCAUCUUCUUCGGUACCGGCGUCGAUUGCCAAGUCGUCCUCUCCGCCAAUACUAAUGUCGCUCCAACUCCCAAGGGUGACUAUCUCUCGAUCAGCUUCGGAUGGGCCGUCGGCACCGCGCUUGGCGUGUGGGUAUCUAGUGGCAUCUCCGGAGGGCACAUCAACCCCGCUGUGACGAUCGCGUUAGCCGCGUUUCGCGGUUUCCCAUGGCGCAAAGUGCCCAUAUACAUCUUUGCACAGAUUAUGGGCGGUGUCUGCGGCGCUGGCAUCAUUUACGCCAACUACAUCCACGCCAUCGAUAUCGUCGAGGGGGGUCGGCACAUUCGGACCGUACCGGGCACGGCGAGUCUGUUCUCGACCUACGCGCUGGACUACAUGACAUCUGUAUCAUGCUUCUGGGACGAGGCAAGUAGUCGCCGCCCAUUAGCUGCCUGGGACUUGUUGGCUGAUCACAUCGGGCGGCAGUUUGUCGGCACAUUUGCCCUGGUCAUGGUCGUGUGUGCCCUAAAUGAUAGAAAUAAUGGUCCACCACCACCCGGCCUGGUUCCUCUAGCAUUAUUCAUUACCAUCCUCGGUAUCGGUGCUGCGUUGGGCAUGCAAACAGGAUAUGCCAUUAAUCCAGCUCGUGACCUCGGUCCCAGACUAUUGACCGCGAUGGUGGGAUACGGCAAAGCAGUGUUCACCUUUCGACACCAAUACUGGUUAUGGUGUCCAGUUAUUGCACCCAUUGUCGGCGGUCUGAUUGCGGCCUUGGUAUAUGACAUCUUCAUCUACGUCGGCGGAGAGAGCCCGCUGAACAGACCGAGCAAAAUCGCACGAAUCCACCACGAGCGGGCAAGGAAUGCGGAACGCGGAAAGCCGCCUGCAGCCAUCCCAGAAGCAUCAGAUCAGGAUAUCGUAUGA